CUGAGGUCACACCAGUGCCGUACGAAUCUCCCACCCUCCCCGCUCACUCUCCUCCGAUAUCUACCGCACAUACCGCUAGGCAUUCUGAGCGAAGAGCAGUGCAGAGCCAAUCAUCGGCCUUUAUCACCGAAAGCGUAGCCAAAGUGUUUUUCUUUCACUGAUCAUUGUUUUCCCUUUGUCCUAUUAGUCAUUCGUUGGUCCAAUCUACCUGUGACGACACGUGUGUAUGCCCUCAGCAGAUUAGGGACCCCCUCCCAGUGUCUGAUACGCUCCGCUGCGCACUCACAACAAAGAAAGAACACCACUACGAGUACAUCCUGUUUUUACGACAGCCAAUACAAUAACAAACAUGCCUCACGGUAAAGCCGCGGACGACACGCGAGCGAUGCAAGGUGACCCAAACGUCAUGAUCAAGAAGCCACGUCAUCAGAUCGUCAGAGGCACCCCGUUUGCCACAGCUUUCCGUCGCGAGUGCAUAGAGUCGGCCAUGGACUACGUGCACAGAGAAGGUGACCUGUUCAUCGUCACUUACAUGAAGUGCGGUACGACGUGGAUGCAGCACAUCGUCUACCUGAUCCAGAACGGCGGCGUGCCUCCGGCGACCGCGGCUGACUUUCACGCUGCGUCCCCGUACUUCGAGGUCUGCGGCUCCGAAUGCCUGCGCUGGGGAUCGGGGAGACCCGGUUCCCUAAAGAGCCACCUGCCACUGCACCAGACAGGCUACCGUCGGGAGGCACGCUACAUAGUCGUGAUACGCAAUCCUUUCGACGCUGUCGUGUCCCUGCACCACUUCUGGCGCAUGAUCACGUCGUACGGGUACGACGGGGACUUCGACGACUCCUUCGAAAACUUCAUGGCGGGCACCAUCGACAGCGGGGACUACUUUGACUUCUACAAGGGUUGGUGCCGACACAUCGACGAUCCCAACGUGCUAUUUCUAGUAUACGAAGGAAUGAGGAAGAACCCUGAAGCAGCCGUUCUGAAGGUCGCAAGGUUUCUGGGACCCCGGUACAAGGAAAGCCUGCUGGCCGAUGACGGCAAGGUGCUCAAGGACGUGCUGAAGUACAGCAGUUUCGAGGAGAUGAAGAAGUACACGAACAGAAUGAUCUACGACUUCUACCGAGAAGAGUUCCCGUUUCGAGGAAAGGAGUAUGAAGGUCUGCGCUAUCUACACGCAGUCGUUCGCGGAGGCUCCAGCUCAGCGCCUGCUGACGACUCCGGAAGUUCGGCCGACAAGAUCGACUACGUGCGGAAGGGAGUGGUAGGAGACUGGAAGAACUAUUUCUCCUCGGAGCAAGUCAGGCGUUUGAGCGAGAAGUGUCGUAGGGAAACACGCGACACAGUUAUUGCUGACUUGUGGCCAGAGUUGAAUAUUGGCAGCCGAGAGAGAUAAUGGUAGAGAAGGAAAGGGAAAUCAGCCAAUCCAGGAUAACCGGUUUGCUACCCUACACGUGGGAACAGGACGGGGGAGAUCGAAAGAAGGUGAGGAAAGGAAGAAGAGAGACAGAAUGAUAGCACAUCAUACUGCAUGUGCUUAAACACCUGGUCAGUAAGACUCCAUCAAUAUGGCGUAGAAAUGUGACAUCACUAUCACAGCCAAAGUUAUUCAAUCAUAUAGAUAGCGCAAGUGAGCAGACUGUCGCGCCAUAUUUUGACAGGAAAACUAACUAAAACACGCAAUAUUCUGUGUUUUUGCGUUCAGCAGGAUUGUGAGCCCCGCCGCAUUCUGCCAAACAGCAUGGCAGAGCCUAUAACUUGUUCUUCGGCAUGACCUCGUCUAUGUUCAUAGGUGAGUUGGUGCCUAAGAGUGCUGAGCAUGUUGCUUUGACGCAGUGGUGGAGACGUGACAAAAGACAGAGGAGCUCCUUUUUCUCUUAUUGUUCUGUCCUUUUUCACGUUUUCCGCAUUGGGCUAGCAAGUAACGUGUGGCUAUAGGCAGCGUGUUCUUGCGUUGAACGUGCUUUGUGUUAUACUUACGUUGCGCAGAAUUGGUCGCCGCUCAGUUUCAUUGACCGAACAGCGUAAUGGACGCUGCAGUGAAGUCGGUAGUUUACCAGAUUCAAGUGGAGAGCCCACGAUGUUUACAUUCCGGCAAAAUGACGAGUUGUAAGGCGUGAAGCAAGUGGGAUGCAGUGUGAUCCAGGUGGAUCGAAACUGUAGGUCUGUCAAUGGCAGCAGACGACGUUGCCCGAGAAGCGAACGCUGGUGCCUUCGGAAAGACUCCACGAGCAUCGUACCUGAAAAGAAAGGAGCGCUUGCAGUGCUAGUUGCAAGUAAAUAGGAAUGUUCAAUGUUCCC